AUGGCUUCUUCCUCACUUCCUGGUAACUUCAUCGUCUCUAAAGGAAAGGGAGAUCUCCUUAUGGUCACCCUCCGUCACCCCAAAUACCCCAAGGCAUCAUGUGACGUCUACGUCUACGGUGCUCACGUGGCUAGAUGGACCGACCGAGAAGGCAACUCCAACCUGUAUCUGUCCCCUAUCGCUGACUAUGGCAACGGUAAAGCCAUGAGAGGCGGAGUCCCCGUCUGUUGGCCGCAAUUCGCUGGUAACGGUCCCUUCCAGAAGCACGGCUUCGCGAGGAACACUGAGUGGGAGCUCGACAGCUACAGCACCGAGGAGGAUCCGUGCGAUACAGCAAUCAUGUUCUUCUGCUCUAAGGCUACUGCCCUUAAUUAA